AUGAGCCCCUCCACAGGCAUCGGGCAGGGCUGGUGGGUGGCAGAGGGGCUCGAGCGAGCCCGGGAUUACCUGCACAAGACCGGGCGCUUCAUCGUGAUCGGGGGCAUCGUCUCACCUGUGCACGACUCCUAUGGGAAGACGGGCCUGGUGUCCAGCAGGCACCGCCUGACCAUGUGCCAGCUGGCUGUGCAGUCCUCCGACUGGAUCAGGGUGGACCCUUGGGAGUGCUACCAGGACACCUGGCAGACCACCUGCAGUGUGCUGGAGCACCACCGUGACCUGAUGAAGAGAGUGACUGGCUGCAUCCUCUCCAACGUCAACACCCCCUCCAUCACCCCAGUGAUUGGCCAACCCCAGAACGAGCCCUCGCAGACCAUCUACCAGAACAACAACACCAACGUCUCCAACAAGCCCACGGCGGCAAAGAUCCUGGGGAAGGUUGGGGAGAGCCUGAGCCGCAUCUGCUGCGUUCGCCCGCCCAUGGAGCGCUUCACCUUCGUGGAUGAGAACGCCAACCUGGGGACGGUGAUGAGAUACGAGGAGAUCGAGCUUCGUAUCUUACUGCUGUGUGGCAGUGACCUGCUGGAGUCCUUCUGCAUCCCUGGCCUUUGGAAUGAGGCUGAUAUGGAGGUGAUUGUUGGGGAGUUUGGGAUCGUGGUGGUGCCCCGGGAUGGAGCAGAUCCCGACCGGAUCAUGAACCACUCCUCCCUGCUCCGCAAGUACAAGAACAACAUCCUGGUGGUGAAGGACGACUCAAACCACCCCAUGUCGGUUGUCAGCUCCACCAAAAGCAGACUGGCCCUGCAGCAUGGGGAUGGACACGUCGUGGAUUAUCUCUGCCAGCCCGUCAUCGACUACAUCCUCAAGAGUCAGCUCUACAUCAACACCUCUGGCUAAGAGCCAGGGGCCCUGCAGCCAGACAGCCCUCCUGCCCUGCCUGCCUGCAGCUCUCCAUCACUCUUUUCUCCCCCUCUCUCUCUCAGUCUGUGUCUCCAUCUCUCUCCCCAUCCCCGUGUCUCCUGCCUGUGUCUGCCUCUCCCCCCACCCCAGCACCCCAUCAUGCAGCCAUGCCUGGGGAGCCCCAGGGGAACAGCUUGGUCUCUCUUGGUGGGGAACUGCCCUGCCC